AUGAUGCGGUUUAUAGGGAGCAUAAGAAGAGAGUUGAUGUAUUGGGGGGCAGGAAGAAAUGGAUUAGUAGAACCUAUAACAAAGAAAAGAUAUUCAACAAAAAUAACGACAGAUAUAGAAAAUGAUGUAAUAAAAAAGCUAGUUAAUAUGGAUAGUAAAAAUAUAAGUUAUGGAAUUAAAAAAUGUGUAAAAAAUUGUUUUAUUAAUAAAAAAAUGUUUAAUAUAUAUACAGAUUUAGUAAAAAAACAUUCAAACAAUUUUGAAUUUCAAGAUGUUGUGGUUGUUUUACAAUCUUAUGCUUUAUGUAAGGAAAGAAAUUUUCAAGUAUACUCUAUUUUGUCAAAUAGGACAUUAUAUAUAUUUAAAGAAAAUAAAAUAGAAUAUAAUAAAUUAACUUAUGAUAAUAUUUAUAGAUAUAUUUUGGCUAGUAAUAAUUUAAAUUAUACAGAUUAUGAAUUAAUGACAAUAUUUUUAAAAAUAAUAAAAAAUAAUUUAAAUAUAUUUGGUAUGAAAAAAAUUAGUAAUAUAUUACACGCAUUAGUAAAAUUAAAAAUAAUUGAUGAUGAUCUAUUAGACUUAUGUUAUUUUUAUAUUCUAGAACAUUUUGAUGAGAUGAAAUAUAAUUAUAUUAAUCAUAUACUGUCUGCUUAUUCAAAAAAAACAAAUAUAGCAUACUCAGAAUUAUAUUAUAAAUUAAUAAAAUAUGUUUAUGAGAAUAUAAAAUUGAUGGACUCUAUUUCUAUAUAUAAUACAGUAAUACAAAUUAAAAAUAUUUUGGAUGUUUUGAAACGAGAUAAAGUUUAUCAAGUCUAUUUCUCUAACGACAAUUAUGCAUAUGAUCUUAGUAAAAAUGUUUCUGCAAAUAUAGGCAGAACAAAAGACGGCCCAGGGGUGGAAAGGGCAGAUAAAAAAAAUGAUACACACACAAAUGAUAGUAAAUAUUUGGAAAGUGUCUUGUCUAAGGAUAAUGAAAAACAAAAGGGAGAAGAGAAUGACAACUUUUGUUAUAUAAAUGAUGAAGGGAAAAAAACGGAAGAAGAGAAGAAAAAAAAUAAUUGUGAGGAUUAUAAUAAAAAGGUAUUAAAUAAUAUUGUUCCUCUUUUAUUUUAUAAAGUAAAUAGUUGUCUAGCCUUUUUAUCUUUAAAUCAGUUGAUAAAAUUAUUAUGUGCAUAUAAAGAAUUAAAUUAUUUUAAUUAUGUAUAUAUUUAUAAAAGAUUAUUAAAUUUUUUAUUAUCAAAAGUAAAAACGAGUAAAAUAAAUCUUGAAGAACGUAUAUUAAUUUUGGAAUUUUUUACUGUUCUUCCAUAUGUUGAUAAUAAUAUGGAAGAGAUUAUAAAUUUAGUUAUAGACAAUAUUGAAAAUGUACUUAUAUUUGAUUAUUUUUAUUUAUGUCGUCUAUUGGCAUGUUGUAAACAGUUGCAAAUCCAUAGUGAUAAUAUAUUGUCAAAAAUUGAUUUAUUAAUAUUUAAAAAUAAAAAAAAAUUUGAAAAUUAUACUAAUUUAAAUGAUCUACAAUUAUUUUUACAAUUUUAUAAUAAAAAUUAUCAAGAGUGGGAAGAGAUGGUUAAAUUUUUAAAUUCGAUAGUUGAAGAAAAAAAAAAUACAAAUAAAAUUGAGCAAGAGGAUAAUACAAAUUCAAAUAUAACAUCCUUGCCAAUAAACAAUGAAAUACAAAAAGUGAUAACAUAUAAAUAUAACAAGGUUGAAAAAUGCUUUAAUGAAAAUACAUUAAAUAUUAUUGAUGAUACUAAAUCGUUAGUAAGCCCAGAAAAGGAAAUCUCCACUGACAACCCUUAUGAUGCUAAUUCACCAAAAAAUAAAAGCAACAUCAGCAAAAAUAUAUCACAAUAUUUGUAUUUUAACUUAAUAAACGAAAAAAAAUAG